AUGCGCGACUCAUCGCCACCACGCCUACGUGCCUCUCCCUCAAAGAGCAUGCAUGUCUGCAAAUACGCCUACGGCAAUAGCACGAAUUUAGCGAAAGCCUGGCUAACUGAGGGACAGCGAGAAUUAUAUAUACAAUCUUUAUUUGAUAAAAUUUGUGACGAUGACGCUCCCCGUGACUUUGACUCAGAAGAUGAAGAAGAAAAUCAAAUCAAUGACAUUGAAAUUGCUGAUGACGAUGCUGAAGUUUCACAAAGUGCCACAGAAGUAUUACCUGAUUAUGCGGACUAUGAGGAUGAUGAAGAAGAAGAAGUAGAAGAAAAUAAUGAAUUACCUGCUAGUGCCGAAAAAUUUGUUGCACGUGAUGGUACUGAGUGGAUGAUAGAACCAAAUGUAAGUCGUCAGGUACUCAGACAAAAUAUUAUAAGAGAACGUUCUGGACCUGUUAGAUGCACUGAAAUGUUGUCAAUAGAGCAAACAUUCGAAUGUUUCAUGAACGUUGAAAUGGCUGAUAUAAUUAUGCGCCACACAAAUAAGUUAGCAAAAGAAACUUAUAAUGCAUACAACAAUGCGCAUCCAAACACAACUCCUAAGUCAUGGACGCCUGUGUCAAUAACAGAGCUGUAUGCAUUUUUUGGCAUACUUAUUAUGACUGGUGCGAAUCAUAGCAAUGGAGAACAUGUUCGAGAUUUAUGGAGUGUCAAAAACUAUCCUUUAUAUCGCGCCACAAUGGGAGUCAACCGUUUAUGUUCGAUAUUGCGGUUCCUAAAAUUUGACGAUAAAAACACUCGUGCAACACGCUUACUAACUGAUAAAGCAGCACCGAUCAGUGAGUUGUGGACGAUGAUGAACAAUAAUCUUGCUGCACAGUACAAGCCCAGCUCAUGCUUGACGAUUGAUGAACAAUUAUUUCCUUACCGUGGACGCACACGGUUUACGCAGUACAUGCCGUCAAAACCUGCUAAAUAUGGUGUCAAGAUGCACAAGGUGCGUUCCAAAGUGAAUCUAGCACCACCUGGUGGAGCCAUCUGA